AUGUUCACCAUCAAUUACGCUGUAGGAACCAGCACUAUAGAGGACCGUGCCCUCCUCAAACGUAUUCCUUUCCACUACGGCGUCUACGACGAGGCGCAUAUGCUGAAGAAUAUGACUUCACAACGCUACAAAACGUUGGUCAACUUCAACGUUAAACGCCGUCUCCUGUUAACUGGUACUCCAUUGCAAAAUAAUCUGCUCGAGUUAAUCUCGCUACUGGCCUUCGUCAUGCCUGACGUAUUUCUGCGAAGCACAGAGCAACUAAAACGAAUGUUUCAGCUUUACUCGAAGACGACUGAACAAAUCAAGAAUGACAGAGCUAAGCAGCAGCAGUAUUCGGCCGGCUCCAGCAAUCGAAGUCAGUUUGAAGCUGAAAAACUAGAUCAAGCCAAAAAUCUGCUAAAGCCUUUUUGCCUGCGGCGUGUCAAGGCAGAAGUGCUAUCUCAGCUACCUCCGAAGACAGUUGAGACCAUUCAUGUCCCAAUGACUGAGUCACAAUCUUCUGCCUACUGGAACUUGGUUGGACGUCUCCGUCGCUCAAGACUUGCCGCAGCCAUAGCCAAGGCUGCCGAGGCAGCUUCAAGCUCUGUCGGUGGCGAAAUUGAAAGACUUGAUGAAUCGACCUCUGAUGAUGGCUCUGGUGCCUGUAUUGGCGUAAUAAAUGAUAUUAAUUCACUUCUUCCUGGAGUUGAUCAACUUCUCCCAGCAUCUGGAAAAGACUCUCAUGGAACGGAUUCACCCAGUUCUGCAGAUAUUACAGCAACGGCGUGCAAUGUGCGAACUGUUUCUAAUGGCCUACCAGCCAAAAAGCGCCGCCUUGAGACAGAAGAAAUAAAACGGACCGGGUCUGAAUAA